UAUUAGAGUAUUCAAAAAGUGUUGUUCGAUACCACUAGUAACAAACCAACUAAAACAUCAACAAGUAUGGUAAAUUAGAGUUACAACAAUUUUAUUCAAAGUAGAUAUACAUUUUUUCUGAUCCUACAUCACCAGCGUAAAAUGAAAUUAAUUGCUUUAAAAAUGUUGUUUUAUACGUUUAUAGUGCAUGUUAUUAAUUCACAAAUUCAAAGAAAAGUUUCAACAAUGUUGGGAAUAAUUUCUGAUAGAAGUAAGUUUCAAAAUAUCGUAGAAGAUUUUAAAAUAAAAUAUGAUCUCGUAGAAGGGGCAGUAAUUAUUGAUCAGUCUCAGGACAAUAAAUUCGGAAAAGUCUCUCAAGAGUUUAUCUCUUUUGAAAUCGAUUUACUUCUAAUAUUCCAGCAGAUGGCCUACGUGUUUGAUAAAAGAAAUGACACCAGACUCAUUCACGCGGAUUAUUUUAUAACGAUCUGUACAUAUCUCCCGAGAUGUUUGGAUUUUAUCAAUAUUAAUGUCAUUCAAAAUACAAUAACAGUUAUGUUAAACAAAAUUCAUAUAGUUCUAUGUCAUUCAUUACCAACAUAUCUGAGGACAUAUAUCAAUGCUUUACCGAAUCAUAUAGAAAGUGAACGUUUUAAUGAGACAAUUGCAAAUAAUUUGUCAGAUAUAUUAUCAAUGACAAAAGAUAAAACAAAAAUAGAUAAAAACCUGUUUGAGCAACAAAACUACAAGAAUGAAAGUAUGAAUUUUAUUUCAAGUGUUUAUAAGAUCAUUGGAAAUAUCGAUUUCAUAUCAUGUAUAGGUAAAAAUCUCGGUAUUAUAAAGCAACAUUAUAUAGAACAUAAUUCGAAUACUAAGGAAAUAAAAUUCAAGGUGACUAAAGUAAGUACCAGAGACAAUAAAAAACAAAUCUUUUCUGAAAUCAAUAGGAAUUUUCUGGAACUCAACACAAAGUAUACAAAUAAUCUUCGGAACGAAUGCGGUUUAUCAAAUGUUGAAUUUCGGUCAAAAGAUUUGUCAAAGCUCGAAACUAUGCAAGAAAUUGUUUUUUAUACAUUAAAGAAACUUCAACAAUAUUGUACAAAUACUAUAUUGAAUAAUACAAAGACGAAUUCAAAAGCAACCUUAAAAGACUUAAAUAACACGACUGAUAUGAUGGACAUGUUACAAGAAAUAUGCCAUAAAAUGUCUUUAAUUCUUGUCUAUUUAAUAGAAAAUGAGGUUAACGACGACUCUAUAAUGUUCAGUACCUAUUUGACGUUUUGCGGGGACUUCAAGGGAUACACUGAUGUCCGUUGCACCAGUGCUUUUCGCGGUACUGCAGCUGUUAAGAAUCUCGAAGCCGAGAAGAUUAUAUGUAUACGGGAAACGGUGAAAAAUAUUUGGACGUGGAAUAUAUUAAUAACAACCACGGAGGUCCCGAAAAAAAAAGAAGACAAGCAUUCAAAAAACGAAAACUGUAAAAAUUUGUACUUGAAAUAUUUAGUGAAUAUCUACAAUACUAUCAGAGAAUUUUACAACGAAUUUGGCAGGUGGGCCAACUUUGUGUGGUUGAGUGGUAAAUAUUUUCUUGCCGAAAAUAUCGAUAACCAAAUUAUGUACGAUUUAAAAUCAAAAUAUAUAACUAUUAAAAACGUAAAUAUGAGUUUAUCAGUUGGGUACUAUGCUAUAUUACCAUGGGGUUUGAACACGUACUCUAUAGGGACUUUCCAUAAUGCGAUUGUAAACCACGUAGACAGAACAAUGAAUAAAUUUGUUUACAUAUACGCACUAAUCAUACAAUUGUACCUAGAGCGCACAAGUAGCAUUGAUUCCCGUGUUUUACAAAGAAUACGAAAUAGUGUUCGGUGGUAUACCGACGGGACGGAAUUAUUUUAUAAAUAUCUUUAUUUACCCUUAUACACCGAUAAAGACGCACAGAAUGAACCACAACCAUCUGAUAAAAUUAAAACUAUCAUUAAUAGAAUUAAAAAUAUAGAUGACAGCGGUAAUAUAAGUUUUGACGACAUCAUUCCUCAGCACGAAAAAAACGCUAUUUUGGUAUUGUCUGAAACUAAUCUGCCAAACAACGAUGAUGGCUACGCAGACUUUAACAACGUUAUAAAUGAGAAUUGUAUGGACGCUAUGGACUACAUGUGUACAUAUUUUAGGAUCGCAGAGAAGUCUAUGGACAUUUAUUUGAAAUUACAUUCUGCUGAUACUAUGUACUCCGAGUACUGUGCGGAAAAAAUAUUUGAUGUGAAAUCCGACCAAAAGUCUAUAAGAGUAGUUUGAGAUCAGAAAUGAAAUACAGCGGCCGUUUCUAAAAGCGUAGUCAUUGGUUCGAGUUCACCUGGAAAUAAAUCAGAUAAUAAGUCUUUUCAGAUAGGUCCAUUUAAAAUUCAAUAGAAACAUUUAUGUGAACGUAGUGUUGAAUUUAUUUUUUAUGAUUUUACAAAUUUAUAUUUAUUGUAUAUUUUGAUAAAAAUUAAUAAUAUUUUUUAUGUUCAGUUAACCUAUAUAUUGAGCACAUCUAUAUCAUAUUUUAAUAUAGUUACAAUUGUAAAAAUUAAA